UUUGCUGAUCUGGCGGAUCGCCCGCUUCCAUCUCCACAACAUCGUCGAUGACGACGACGAAGCUCGCCUUGAGCGUAGAUCUGCCUGUAUGAGCGAGUAGCUAGCUAUUACCGCUGCUACAACUAGCAGCAGCAGUAACAGCAGCAGUCUGCCUUCUGGGCUUUAGACCACUUUCGUCUUGCUACACAGACACAAGAGAAACGACGACUGACUGACCGACUGACUGAGUGAGUGAGCGACCAAGCAAGCAAGCAAGCGAUCCUGAGCGAAUCAACCGAGCAACGGAAGCUGGUUGAGGUUCUAGAUGAAGAAAACGAUCGGUAUUUGCUUGCACAAGCCAUUGCUUGCAUGUCUAUUGUACCGUGUAUCAUCAGAUGGUUGUUGGCAAUUGGUGAGACUCGCCGAACGAAUUGGCUUCGUCGAAACGAAGCCCAAGAAGUCGUAGGGUCGCAUAGUUAGUUUAGCGCUGUGCAAAUCCGUGUCUUUUGCGGACCCUUGCACGAGCCCACUCACAACAUCACCUUGACGUACCGCAUCCGCCAGCCGUACAACGAGAAGCGACUGCAACAAGCAAUACGGCGGCUAUCAGUGAUAUCAAUGUAUCUAGAGCAGCCGAGGGAAAAAGAUUGCUGGUGAUCGUUUGUGCACAACAUCAACAUCUAUCUAUUGGAUACAUCGUCAAAUCACUAAGUUUUUGGCGGAGGAACAGCUUGAUUUGGUUCAGUUGAAACACCCGUCAUCGACCGCCGUGGCGGUUCUCGCUCGCUGGUAUCCUUCAGUGAACCCGCAAUGGUGUUGAUUUGUUGUAGUGGCUUAAUCGGGUGACGACGAAAACGCCAGCAAAAAAUAGAAAUUAUCUAGUUGAGCGACUGUGGUGCCAUUCGGGUCAGCCAGCGAGCUAUUGUGUUUUGCGUAGGUGGUGUGUUACUGUGCUGUGUGCCCUGUACCGUACCAGUGUUCCGUUUUUUUCUAUUCAGUGUCUCAAGCGAUUGGAUUUUUGCAUUGAAUUUUUCCCGUCGCCUCCAGCCUGUGCCGUCAGCCGACCAGCCUGGAACAGUAGGAGCUGAUAGGCCAAACAAACAGCGGGCAGCCCUCAGCCAGUGGCAGCGAUUCUGUCCACAGCAGUCUGCAGUGGCAGUAACAACUAUUACCGUCGUCGUCGUCGUCGCCGCCGACGCCGCCGCCGCCGCCGCACGGAACGCCAUCGCGGUUAGUUGGCCGUACAAGCAGCGGUUUCAGCCGAAACAGCGUUCUGCCGUAGAGGACGACGUUGCGAGUUGGUGUCGUCGUGGAUGUGCGGUGCUGCUGCUAUAUUGUGCUGAGCGUAAGCGAACCAAAUCGAGCCGAAUCAAACUGCAGAAGCAGCGCCAGCAAAGCCGACGCAACUGCGGUAAAGCUGCAAGUCGACGCGAAGCCGCCAGCAAGAGCGGCAACAGUUAAGUCGCGGCCGCAGCUCCUUAUCCAGUUUUACCAACUAGCUUAGUUAACUAGCUAACGCGCUGCGAACGUGCGUUAAGUCACGUAAUACCAGUCGUCGCUGCGGGCAGUCCAGGCUAAAUCCGACCUAAGUACUCACGAUCUGUCUUACAGGGUACGCCAUCGGAACCCCCUCCGAUCAACACGGACAACCUGCCAGGAACAGUUCGUGUUUGUACGGCGCGUGCAGAGGUGGCGGCAACAUCAGCAGCGUUACGAAUUAGAGUUGCAGUUAGCAGUUGCAUAGGCAGAUACAGCAGCGACUACAGGGGCAUUCGAGGCUCCUGUUAUCUCACGACUGCUAUUACCGGUCCUGUUAGCAGAUUAACUGCACCGGGAACUGUUAGGACCUCUCAAUAUCGAACGAAGAGAUUACCGAUCGCCACCGGAAACGAUUGUUGGUUUGACAGCAAAAAAGGCUUUACAGCGGCACCUGCGCUGGAGCGAGAUCGAGACGUCAAGAACAAACCAGGGACAGCGAUUGCGAGGAGAACGAGAAUCAGGAUAAACACAACCGGAAUAAGCACAACGACAAGAACAAAGAUUUGGUCGCAAUUGCAGCGACGGUCUGCCCACGAAAAAAAAAUACUAACGAACCAACCAGCCAUCGCGGGACCAUCGACUCCCGCCGAUCGUGUGAAAUGCUCGAAGCCAGCUUCCGACGAAUCUAACCAUGGCUGAUCGGAGAAAAUUGCAAGGCGAGAUAGAACGUUGUUUGAAAAAAGUCAGUGAAGGGGUCGAGACAUUCGAAGACAUCUGGAAAAAGGUGUACUCAGCAACGAACACUAACCAAAAAGAAAAAUAUGAGGCCGAUCUCAAGAAGGAGAUUAAAAAGCUGCAACGGUUGCGCGAUCAGAUCAAGACGUGGCUAUCCUCAUCGGACAUCAAGGAUAAGCGGCAGCUACAGGAGACGCGCAAACUUAUAGAAACGCAGAUGGAACGAUUUAAGGUGGUUGAGCGUGAAACAAAAACGAAAGCCUACUCGAAAGAAGGCUUAAGCGGGGGUGUACAGAAGAUUGACCCCGUGCAAAAGGAGAAGGACGAGGCGAAUCAGUGGCUAGUCAACAGCAUCGACUCACUAAAUAUCCAGGUGGAUCAGUUCGAGUGCGAACUCGAAACAAUGUCGGUGACUAGUAAAAAGGCGAAAAACGUUGAAAAGAAGGAUAGUAAUCGAAUUGAUGAGCUUCGAGCGCACCUUGACAAGCAUCGGUACCACAUUAACAAGCUCGAAACGCUUAUGCGUAUGCUCGACAACGGAACGAUCGAGACAGACAAAAUCCGCAGCGUCCAAGAUGAUGUAAAUUACUACAUCGAGUCGUGUCUCGAGCCCGACUUCGAGGAAAACGAAUACAUCUACGAUGACCUCAACCUUGACGAGAGCUGCGUGACGCUCGGCCUCGGCGAUCCGAUGGGUAGCGGUCUUGGUGUCGGCGUCAAGUCGAUGAGUCAGAGCAGUAACGCGACAUCGGAACAUGGCUCAGAUUCACCUCACAAUGAGCUGAGUACACCUCAUACUCCGCAGAGCGCCAGCAGCCAGAGUCAUGGCCAUGUAACACCUCAUCCUCCAAUGUCUGUCGGAGCCCAACAUGGAAGUACUCCGGCAGGCGCUCACACGCCGAACUCUCACCACACUCAGCAGCAGCAGCAGCAACAACAACAACAACAACAGCAGCAGCAGCAGCAGCAGCAGGCUCAACAGCUGCAACAAACCCAACAACAGCUGCAGCAAACAUCACAGCAACCUCAGCAGCCACAGAUUAACCAUCAUUCCGCCUUGAAUAAUAACAAGGCCAACAGUGAUGUUUCAUCGGUAUCGUCUGUGGCCGGCACACCAAGUCUCGCAACGCAGAAUUCCCUCAUCGCCAAUAACGGCAGUUCGCCCGCACCUACGCCAGUCGAAAACCACAAGGGCGGCGUGACUACACCAGUUCCAGCAGUGGUUGCAGCUGGCGCCGUCGUCAAACCUGUCGCAGUUCGGCCACCUUCAUCAGGCGGCGCCGGGACCAACAAAAGUGGCCAAGUCAUUGGCGCUGCAAGCCAAAUGGUUGUCACCGGUAGUAUAGGCGGUAUGCCUAGCUCGCAACAACAACAGCAGCAGCAGCAGCAGCAGCAACAACAACAGCAACAACAGCAACAACAACAACAACAAGCCAACAAUUCCGCGAUCUCACCUUCGCCAGCGCCACACGAGGCUUCGAAGGUGGCGUAUAGUUCUGUAUUGGCGACGCUUGCGCCUCCUCACGGAGCUCCCCUUCCUCAACAAAACCAGCCGCAACAGGCCCACAGUGCGGGUGGCGGCGUUCUUCAGCAGCAGCAGCAGCAGCAGCAUUACCACCAACCGAGCCAACAACAACAGCAACUACAACAACCAGCAGCUCAACAGGUAGCGCAACAGGUUCAACAUCAACAACAGCUUGUCCAGCAGCAGCACGUACAGCAACAGCUUGUGCAGCAACAGGCUCAGCAACAAACGCAGCAACAACAAGGUCACCUCCAGCAGACGCAAUUAGCUGCCGCUGCGGCUCAACAGCAGCAGCAGGCCCAAUCACAACCAGUCGCGCUGCAGCAGCAGGCCCAGGUAGCGUUGCAGAUGGCGAAAGCUGCACAGCAUCAAGUCCAACAACAGCAGCAACAGCAGCAGCAGGCGGCAGCCCAACAACAGCAACAACAGCCCUCACAGCAACAGUUAAUGGCUGCACAACAACAGCAGGUUCAGGCGCAGCAGCAGCAAUCGCCUAUGGUUCAGCAAAUGGUGCAGAAUUAUCCAGGUCCGGCCGGCGGACCCCAACCACAGCAGCCACAGAUGCAACAAAUGAAUGGCAUCACAUCGCCUACGCCCCAAAGCCAUACAAAUAAUAGGGAUCAUCAUCAGGCGGCACAGCAGCAACAGCAGGCGGCUCAGCAGGUACAGCAACAGAUGCUCAAUGGGCCAUUACAACCUCAGCAGCAGAUUGGAGGCAGUCCAACGAAACAGCGUGGUGGCAUGGACGCUUCACAGGUGAUGAUGAUGAAACAGGCCAGCCGAGCCGGCGAUCUCGCUCCAACGGCACUAAGUAACGGUGUAUGCGAGCCAAACAGCCGGGAAUCGCCCGGAGCCCAUCGAGGUCAAAUACCCUCGAGCGAGCAGAUGUUGCAAGGGCAACAGCCUGGCCCACAGCAGCAGCAGCAACAGCAACAACAGCAGCAGCAGCAGCAGGCCGGACAUGACGGAACCGAUGGUGACGCACACAUCCCUCCGUUGUUGGGCGUCGCCCCGCUGGGCAAAUGGUCAAUGUCGAAAGAGUGCUACUAUCAACUGCAGCAACUAACAUGGGCUUCUAAUCACUUGCCUCAUCCGAGCGACAGUGAUCGUUUGCGAAGCUACCUGAUCCGGCAGCCGUGCGUGACGCCCUCGUAUUACCCACUCUCGGUACCACACACCGAUCCUCAAGAGAUCUUCCAGCGACUUACCACUGACACGCUCUUCUUUAUCUUCUAUUAUAUGGAAGGCACAAAGGCCCAGUAUUUGGCAGCCAAAGCACUGAAGAAGCAGUCAUGGCGAUUUCAUACGAAAUUCAUGAUGUGGUUCCAACGACAUGAGGAGCCUAAAACGAUCACAGAUGAAUUCGAACAGGGCACGUACAUCUACUUCGACUACGAACGAUGGAGUCAGCGGCGCAAAGAAGGUUUCACAUUUGAGUAUCGUUUCCUCGAGGAUCGUGAGCUCAACUGAAGUUGAAAGUGAAGACACGCAAACACUCAAUAACGACAUCAGCAACCAUUGUGUAUGUGUGUGUAUGAAGAACGUAACGAAAGAAAAAAUUAUUUUAGAAGGCUGCUACGGAAGGACGCUGCUGAUGACUAUUAUUACGCGAAAGCGCGAGAAAGAAAAACACAUAACCCCAGAUAGAAGACGUGGAUGAGAAAGGAAAAAAACGUGAGGAAAAAAUCCACUGAAAAAAUCUGCUGAACACUACGGUCUCCCGGACGGCUUUGACUACGUUUCUGUUUGGCGCACACACUGGCCUAUAGUCCCUGUGUUUUCGCCACCAGUUUCGGCCUGGCUGCCCGCUCUUGAUCUUGGUUAAACACUGACUGAUGCGGAACGCUAAAUGAAGUAUAAAGUGAAGUAAUUCUUAAAGGAGAAUGAAGCAUAGAAAUACAAAGAACUCGACUUCGACGAUCACUGCUAUUAUUAUUAUUAACAAUAUUUACGAUUAUGAAAAACUAUAAAAGCAAAGCAGAAAUGAAACGAUGGAAUUCGAGGCUAAAUUGAAGAAAGUGCGAAAAUGAAGGAAGCAAAUUUCAAAGCCUAAAAAAGUCGUAUAUAGAACAUAGACCGAGGUAAUCUAGCCGAGAUCAUUACAAGGACAUAAUAUGAUGCUGGAAUGAAUUAGAGAUGUACGAAGUCGAGCACAUAGCAAAAUUAAAUAAGUCAAGAGUUUAACGGCACGCUAAGCGAAGAUAGCAGACGAAGCAAAACACGAGAAUAUAACAAGCUAGAAACCGGUACGCACUUGAUGAUGAUGAACUGAAAAAAUAUGAUAUCGACACCUCACUCUCAAUUCAACAACCGAUAGGCCAAACGAUGAUCCAUCCCCAAAAGCAACUACGAACGUCAAAAAACCAAUCUAGUUCAAGGUAAAUAGUCGAUGAAAUGGGAUAAAUUUGAAGCGGAAUAUCACGGAACAGAAGAUGGUACUUCCCCAUGGAACUAACCGAAACAAAAACAUAAAUGAAGACAUAGCAACCAGAAACAACGAUUAUCAUCACCUCAUUACUCUGCUAUUAUUAUUAAUCACACAGUUGUACUGCAAUUCUAAACUAUGAUUUUUAAGUAUUCUCUUCAUCUGUAUGGCUAUUGCGUUACAAUGACAAACGGUUCUGGGUAGUCGUCGUCAUGCUCACAUUUGAAGGAAUUCAUUCGUUGCCUACGAGCAGAUCGUAGAGUGACGCGAAACGUGACGCGAGAUGGGACAGAAUAUGAAAAAUAGGAAGCCAACAAGAAGAAUAACCGCGGAACGCGACGCAAUAUAAUGCUGUACAUCCGUGUAGGGCAGAUUGCGUCACAGGCAAAAUGUAUAUCGGCGUCUGGCCCCUGCUCAAACCACCGAUCAUUGUGACACACUAUCGAAAAAGGAUAAUGACAACAAAGCGUCAAACAUCAACGACAAUGAAAUUGUCCUGAAGAAAAGGAGGGAAGAACAAUGAACAGUCUGGGAAGCGUGGACAAGGAGAAUACUAUUUUCAACACAACAAAAAUCCUGCUAAAUAAUAGCUAUACACGGUCUCCAGCAGAAAACAGUAGGAGGAGAGCACCUUAUCAAUGCACUCGAUCCAAGUACCACGAAGGAUCCGUAUAAUGUCGUCACUAUCUGAAGAGAAGGAAAGAGCCAAAGACCUCCAACGAGAAAUCCAGCCUUCUAGAAAAAGAGAAGCAGAAUAAUCUGGAAGAGUAUGAAGAGCUACAACCCCAAUCUCUAUUCCCCAACCCCAUUUGAAUAAGCGCUGUGUGUUUGCCCCACUUCAACCCUAAGGACUCACGUCUAUGAGCGAAGGAACAGCAUUGGAAAGAAGCUGAAGAAAGAGAGAGCUCAUUGCGAUCAAAUACGAAACGAACUCUUUUUGCCUAGCAUUAAUUAAUUACCAUAAUCAGCAAGCAAUCAUAAACCCAUCCAUCGUCAAUAACAUGAAUAUACGAAGCAACGCCAUGAACCAUAUACAGUGAGGAAACGAUACAAUACUGUCAGCAUUAUUAGAUUCGAAACGAUACAUAGAACAGUAGCAUAACAACAACAAGAAUUGACGGAGACAGCAAACGGCCACUUAUCACCUGUGUGUGGCAGUCCUAUAAGGAAACAAACGUGAAACCGCCACCACAAUCCGCUGCCGAUUGGUAGGUAUUACGUGCACAGCGAGAACAGGGACCUGCAUCAUCAAGUGAAUAUCCCCCCAGGACGAAGUUAAACAGAAAAACGGAGCCGCGACCAGCGGAAUUGACCGUCGAGAAGGGCCUCGUCCGGAAGAUGAUCAUCGUUGAGGAACGGCCUCGCAAAAGGGGACCAUUAUUUAUGCACGAGUCCAUUCAUAUGUGCAAAAUAGGAAUAGCGAGCCAGGGAUAAUUUGUAUGGGAACAAAACGAAGCGAUAGGAGGGUUGCUUUACCGACGACACAGGCUGACCGAUAUAUAUAUAUGGCACGCGAUAGAGUGCGUUCUGCCGCUGUUUAUAAAAUUCUAUAUACAACAACAACGAUAACAAGAGCAAAAGAGGUUAUUUUCCCUGUGCUGUCUCAGCGGUGGCAUUUGACUGCUGUUGCCUUUACUGCAUGUCAGCACGUGGUGUUGGAGUGAAGGCGCUGGACGGAAAUUCUUCAAUUCAAUCGGAUGAGCGCAUGAAUCGGGCUAGCUUGCGGUGCUGUGCACCUGUCACAAUGUCAAAUGCAACACGUGUUACAUGCAGCUGUGUAUGUGUAAAGCUACAAUAACUGUAGCAAUAGCGGUACUAAUUAGUCGUGCUGAGCGACAAACUAAGCAAAGUUAAACAACGGGUGAUUUGAACAAUCCGUGAAGGAGCAAGAGGACUGUGACAACUGCGAGAUGCAUGGUCGCCUUGUUGCUGUCUCGUGUUGUUGUUGUUCGGUCCAGCCCCUUGUCGAAAAGGGAAAAGCGAAAAAGCGAAACAUUCAUGGAUAAAGUAAGCUACAAAACACGAAAAAAUGCAGACAUGCACACACAUCCACACACACGUACUCACACAAACGAAUGAGACGCCGAAGAUUGCAAGUGUUGCCCGGACAAACCCCUGACCGCUUCAUUGAUUCGCUUUUCAGAAGGGUAAAAAAAGAGAAAAAUAGUUUGUUCCACUUGAAUAACACACAUCAUUAUUGACAAUAUUGAGAUAUUGCGCAAACGCAGAUACCGAGGCCACACAUCAUGCAUGAUGGUGAUGACGGUGUGGCAAACGGCUCUAAUCUGGUAGGGGGUGUAUUUGAUGCCCGGGCCACCUGGCAAGGAGAGCUGUGAUGAUGAUGGAAAACGAAAAACAAAUGAUGCCAAUAUGAUGAGAAUUAUAAAGAUAAAACUGAUACUGAUGAUGGUAUAAUGAAGAAAUUACAUGAGGAUGUUGAGUCUGAAGAGUGAGGUGGUGCCCACACAUUGUAAAAUGAUGUAGCACGUGGGCGAUAAUGGAAAGGCAAGAACAGGCAGGUGCGAAUUUUAGGAAGUUCUUGAGAACGACGAGUUCUUCUUGCCAGCGAAGAGUGUGUGAUCUACCGGAGGGGAACGAAAACCAGAAGACGGGGUUAUCCAAUGGAAGCGGGUAGUGCGUGAUAAAACUUGGAGACUGUUUGGGAACGUCUUAAGCUAAUGAGAGAACGAAAGAGGGAGCGUGAUAAACAAAUUGAAUCUGAAAAGGUAGACGAAGUUAAGGGGUAAUUCUUGCAGCUGCUGCUACAACGGUUCAUCCUGGGAAGGGGGGGGGGGUCUCCACCAACAAGUGGCAGACGGCGAAUGCGGACUUUUAAAGAUCUCCAUUUACACUUUUGUUGUAAAGGGCUGCUUUAUGCUGGUAUUGCUUAGGCUGAGUAAAUAACGGGAUUCGCGAGUCUUCGCAAAGAGGCAGUUGUUCAGAUGUGUCUCCAAUGCUUAUUUUUUAUUAAUUUCUCGUGAUUAUGUUCUUGAGCCUUCGCUUCUAUGCGUUUCUCUAACUGACAGAUAAAGGGGGCCCAGCAGCAGAAGUUCAACUGGCGACUGCAGUGAAUUAUUUUGCAGCAGACUGCGUUCUUUGCUUUACUCUACCAUACCACACACACACACACAUACAGCCACAGAAACACACGCGCUCGCACACACAUGCACUCACAAACACAGAAUUAUAUUAUAUACAAUUAUCAAUCUUAUUCGCUAUACAGUGUACUCUAUUGUAUUAUUGUAAUUAAUUUUAAGAACGAAUAAUGGAGAACGAGCGAAAAUAAUGCAAUGCUAAAGAUACAAGGGCGAAGAUCGAAAGAUCGAGAAACUGAGCGUGGUAUAUAUGUACGUGUGAAAGCUAAGGUUGAGAUAGAUAUGUUAUUAUUGAGCCGACCGCUAAUAUGAGAGACUCGAACGAAAAGUCGGCAGCUGACGUACUAGGAGAAAGCGUCAAAGGUUUGAAGACGACUUUUUUGGGGCCUGCGUUUUUCCUGCCAACGGGCGAACUCCUUUUGCUAGUAUAAGUCUACCAAUACAACAAAAAUAAAUUGUAGCGAUCCAAUUACUUUACUUUUAUAAUAAUAAUUAUUGCUGUUGUUGUUACUGUUAUGACAAGAAAAAAAACAACAGAAUAGCUAUCGAUAUUUUAGUGUAAGCAAUAAUAUCAGGAGAAUAUCCAUAACGCCAACAGUAUCAAUACUAGAGUGACAAAAAUGUGGAUCGUGAAUAUUGCACAUGUGUAUGUCUGAAACAUGAAAUUUUAAUUUUCUGCUAUUUGCCGAUGCUCUAAUUAAGGAAUUUAUUCAUCAUAUGUUUUUUUUUUUAUUAUUAUUACUAUUAGUAUUUAUAAAUGCAUAGAGUAACUAAUAUACAAUUAGUAGUUCCUUGUAUCACCUGACGAUAAAAUCCUUAGCUUCGUGUAGCAAUGAUUCGUGAUGACGCAGUCCGUUUGUCGUACCGGAGACACGAGAUUUGGCUAGGGGGGAAAUAUAGCCAAAAAAAAAUUCUCUAAGCUUCCAAUUCGAGAAGAAAAAGCACCUAGCCUAUUUAUACUAUCUGCUAUACAACUUGAAGAUUUGAAGUCCGUAAUCGCCGUCGUCAUUUCCGGGAGGGGCAUUGUCGACACGAAAUGGGUAAAACUUUGAUAUAGACCACAAAAGAACAACCGCUUGAAAAAGGUAGACCAUCGCCAGAACAGCACGCAGCAGCAAUGACAACAGCAGCUGUCGAGUGUUGUUCGCCAUGCUACACAAAACAGGUAGUACUGACUGGGCAAAAAAAUGGUUCAGAGACAGUUAGCAAGGGUCGAGAUUAGAAAGAGGGCAGGGGGUAAGGGCUAGGGGGCAAGAACUAACAUGUGGGAAACGCUGCUAGAAAACCAUCGAUGGAAGGAAAUUGCGCAUAAGAAUAAUAGAGAGCAGAACAAGUACUGAGCUGCGAGAUACGGCUGCUAGUGGAGCUGCAGGGACGCGGACGUCCUUCUUUGUCAAACUGCUGGAGGGUGUGUAGAUUUAUUUAAGGCGCUGAUGAUGGUGAUGACAAUUAUUAUUAUUAUUACGAAGUGGAUAAAGGAGUCGAUGAGGUUGAUGGAUAUAAUGAGAGAGAGAAAAAGACGCAUGAUGAUGAUAAUGUUGAUGAUAAAAUAAAGCUGUGUAUGAAAAAAAUCGCCGACGGCUGGGGGACGCGCGGGGCCAGAGGAUGUAUAUACCAAAUGAAAAAAAAACGCCGGGAUAGGAAAUCGUGUAGGGACUCCGGAAGUUGGCAAGAGAGAAGAGGGCAAUUGGUCCGCGUCGAGAUAACUGUGUAAAUAUUAUUACUACGGUGAUACGGUGAUGACAAAUGAAAAUAAAAGUUCAUUUGAGGGACUAUUUUGGUCCCCUUACAAAUACUGAGAA